GGGUGAGAGUCAGAGCCACCACAGUUUAAAUGUUAAGGAUCAUGUUGUAUGCUGGUAAUGGCUGGUAAGCUCUUCAAGACUAGACAUCAAAUAGAAAACUAAGUUCAAAGUUGGAGGGAGCAGAAACAAGACAAAUUAGACAGGCACACACAGGCUGGUCGCAGGACGUGUGAGUUUUCAUUAGCAUGCGAGCAGCCAAACUUGCAAGACAUGGAAGUCUCUCCAGUGAAAAAGCCAACUCCAAAAAUUAAAAUUACUAACGUUGAAGAAUACCUUGAGCAUGACUAUGACAAGAUGCACAACAAAGUAGAGGAGCUGGCUCUAGAAACAUUGGUCGAGCAUGCUCCAAAUAUGCCAUCAUUUGUGUCAUUUGCUCUCCUGGACUUGGAGCAGUUCAUCACUGUUAUCAAGAAGCUUGCGGAGAAUGAAGCCAAUUACACAACCCCCAUGCACUCAACCAUGCUGUAUCUUGCAACUGAGGCUUUCGUCCUAAGCUUUGCAUAUCCACCUUUUCUCUGUGGUUUGUUCGGCAAUGGAUAUGUCAACGCCAAUGGUUACAAAAACUUCAAAAGUCUUGCUGUUGGUCUGGAAGCGCACUGGGAGACUGUGUUUGAGCAUCUUCUGACAAAUAUCCAGACUGUCCCAGUUCCAGAGUUGGAGAGAAGGCUGUGCAUUAUUACAUGCAUUGCCAAUCUGCUCAGUGACUUAAAAAAUAGAGCAUACGGAAAAGCCAAGGCCUUACAGCUGCCUGACCUCACUUGGAAUGCUGCUAUCACUCGAAUAAAAAUAAAGGAAGAAAUCAUUCUUCGCAAGACAAAAACCACUACUGUUCAGAAACAGGCGCGCUCUUGCAACUGCAAAAACUGCAGUGCCACAGCAUGCCCUGAAAAAUCCAGAAAUAUUGAUGAGGCACCAAAGAGAGAGAAUCGCACCUCGAACAAUCGCUCGCCUGAGAAGGAAAGAAAUAUUAAAACACUCCUUGAAAAGCGUGGAUUGUUCAGCUACCACAAGCCGCUUCAGAGCCCCUAUCCAUCUCCCAAGAAAGUGCUGUCUCUUCCCAAGGAUAGGCGUCAUGUGAGCACGAAGGAAAAUAUUGGUUCAAGAGCCAGAACUCCAUCUUUCUCGAACUCUGACAGUUCAACAUCUGAUACUGACUCAAGCAAGGAUUCACCGGGAAAGGUAUACUUCAGCUCUCCGUCUCCUUCUUCCCGCUCGCCUUUCAAGCUGACCAUCAGCACCAAAAAGCCUCCCAAAAUGGGAAAUGUGGACCCUGUGAGGAAGCUUCUUACUGGGUCUCAGCCUAGAGAUUCAAACGCUACUUAUGAACAAAGUAACCCUACCAUGAGUCUCAACACCUCCCUGACUUCUGACUUUGAUGAUGAUGCCUUCUACGGCAAAUACAAAUUCCUCAGCUUGUGAGAGAACUCCUAAAUAAACAUUGCAAAAUGUUAAAUAUUUAAA